CGGGCUUGCCAGUGCGCUGCUGGUUCGCCUUUGCGCAUGUGCAAUUGCCCUUGUACCGAACUCCGCAGAAUGAAGCGUGUAUUUGUUUUCCAUCCUGACAACCUAGAGAAACCCAAAGAAGAGGGAAGCCAAGCGCCUUUCCGUGCGUAGAUUGCCCGCCACUUCCAUUAAGGCAUCGGUUUUGCUGAUGAAAGAGGCCUUCCGAGCGUUACCACAGCUCAAGCUUGGCGUCCCAGCCGGAUCUAGGUUUGAUUUGAAAUUAGGGAAAGUUGUUCAACGGAACAAGUCUUAGGAGAAUUAUAAGGGCGGGAGAUUGGAGUACCAGAAAUGGGGAAUUUUUCGUUUGAGACAAGGUCUCAGUUUGUUGCCCAGGCUGGUCUGGAACUCCUGGCUUCAAGCGAUCCUUCUGCCUUGGCCUCCCAAAGUGCUGGAAUUACAAGCAUGAGCCACUGUGCCCAGGCUUUCAUUAUUUUUGAGAGUGUUGUGUCUUCAAGAAGAUUGAUGGAAAAAAAUGAAGACUCUCACAGACAGAGUAUCACUCUGUCUCCCAGGCUGGAGUACAGUGGCAUGAUCAGACACAAUCGGAGACACUGGUUAUUUUACCAAGGCUUUGACUGGAAUGUUGCAUUUUCAGAUGUGACCAGACUGCUUUGA